GGGGGGGGGGGGGAAGACAAUACUCAACAGUUCAGAUUGUGUGAUUAAAUUCAUUAUCAACAAACUCUGGCCUAGACAGUCAUUCAUCUUCAGUAUCGAGGCGAGUGCGUGCUUCAAGUUGUACUAAAUGUACUUGGAGAUGUACUAAGUUGUACUCACUGAAUUGUACUCCCAACCUUAUCUGAGUUGUACUCUAGAUGUACUCUAACAGUUGUACUUGCUGAGCUGUACUCCGGUCGUCGUUCUCUCUUGUAAGGUUGUCAGGUUCAGUUCCUUGAGAGAACUAUUUAUUUGUGAUUACAGGUAUCUACUUAGAAGUUACAGAUACCUAUUUAAUGGUAGGUGAAGAGGCGCAAACUUGCCGUUACGUGUAGUCCUGCCCAGUUUAAUCUACUCGGGAUUCUGAGUUCCCUGCUCGAACCACCCACCUACGCUCACACGUGUAGCUUCACUGGCUGUCAGAAGCCCGGACAACUGAAAAUGAUGAUGAUGAUGAUGAUGAUGAUGAUACAUAUGAUAGUGCUGAGAGAUAUUCAUGCCUCAGUAGGUACUUCCACUGGUGCCUCCAUUAACUACCACAACAUACACGAGACUCCACGAACCGUUGGGCAAACACAGGAGCUGGGAAAUCCCACUGUGCUGUGGUUAAGUAACCACCACCAGAAACACUACCUGGACCACCAACACCAUCAUCAUCAUAUACAGGAGCAGCAUCAACACCACCCUAGGAUGCACAGAGAAGUUCAUCAGGUCAACAAUAUCACGGAGCUGUACGGUCAGUGCCUCAACUUCACCCGGAUUAUCCUGGCUCUGCUACGGAACACACCUGAACACCUGACACUAAAAGACUUGAAGCCGCAGCUCCAGGCCCUCUUGCGAGAUAUGGAUCUCCUUGAGUUCUUCCAGAAGAGGUUGGCGGAAGUGGGCGUCGUGAGUAAUACCUACGACGCCCGUGCCCUCUACAACGUCCUGGACCUCUACAGCGCCCUGGAGGCCCUGAGACUCAAGUACCUGGACAAAGUGAAGCAGAGGAUGCGGACACUGUCAGAAGAGAUGCCAUACACUGAAGAACGAGAUUAUAUCCACCUGGGAAGCAUAAUUCAUGGCUUCACAAGACACAUUAAUAAGAUCAGACGCAAAGCCACAGAGUUUUUAAGGUGGUGGCUGGAGCCCCGGGUCGAUAUCAUCAACACAGUGGUCUUGUAUGAGAUAGGAGGAUUACCCAAGCUGGACACUUUCAUUACCAACCUCUCCAUCCCCUCACCCUUCAUGACGCUGGAUAAUGCGACUUACUACCUUCGAGCAGCUGACCAGCCCAGCCACCUGCUGAGUGCUCAGCCGGACGAUCACCUGUGGAGGCUAGUAGUUGUCAACCACACCCUAGCACAACUACAAUCCCCUUCACCUAAUACACUCUUCUGGUUCAAGCCUGUUCCAGCAAGAUUCGGUGGGGUUCGAUACGCUCUGGUGUGUUCAUCGCUACCAGAAGGACAUCACUUAAUUAUUCCUGAAGUCGCUGGCAUACGCCAAAUGCCUCUAUAUUUUGGCCCUCAGGUGGGUGCUGGCGCCAUGGAUGUGGUAACAUUGCCUUCAGGGGAACAUGUACUAGUCCAUAAGACGAAACAUCAUGCAUUCUUCCUGACCUUACGACCUGAAGACCACCAGGUUACGGUAACCACCCACUACCCAGGAAGGGGUGCUCACUGGAUACUCUCGAAGGCAAGGGAAUAUUAGGCAUGAUAUUGGACGAGGCGGUAGAAUGUGAAGGAAGGACAAGGAAUAUACGAAGAAAAAUGCAAGAUCCAAAGGCAUUAGGCGAAGGCAAUAUUCGCAAGUUAAAUACGCCAGCAAGGAUAUUACAGACACACCCCAUAGUAUAACUGUACACAUUAGUGGAGAAAUACACUAGGGGCGCCAUCGAGGAGACCAGAGCAGACACACAAACGUGGUAAAAACGAUAAAGAAAAACUCCCAUGGGACCUAGAGAUUAAUCACUCUAUUAAAAAUAAGUAGCGUGAUGACUUAAGACUAAGUAAUAAGUGACAAAGCGUGAAAAAAAUACAGAGCACACUUAACAGAAAAUAGGGAGGUAAGGAUUCAUGGAGGUAUGAAUGGGUGUCGUAGAGCAAUUCGUGAAUGAUGUAAUAAAGUCAAAGCCGAAAACACUCUUGAUGCCAUUUAAGAAGGAAAAUGCCAAUGAAGAAUUAGAUAAGGCCUGAAGGGCCAUGAUCGAAUAAUUACAGGAGAACAUAAGAAAAUAGAAGUUUGAGAAUAUUUUCAUAAGGAAUAAAAGUGCAAUGGCUGAGCACAGCAGGAAGUUGCUAAGCCAGGAAGACUUUUAAAUGUAAUAACAAGAGAUAUAAAGUUUUAAGAAAGCGGAGAGAGAGAGAGAGAGCGCUGGAUAUAACGACUCUAUGGUAACUUAUAGGAUAAAAUGGGUACUGAAACAAAGAAGAAACCCCUGUGAUCACCUGUCGAGUGCAUGAUAGCUAGGCAGUGAGCCCAGUGUUACUAGAGUGGUUGCAAAGUAAUCUGAAAGAGAUCCUUCACGAUUUUUAUUUAAUGAAGUGCUAAAAACCCUGUGGGUCUUUCAACAAAAUGAGUGGUGAAGGCUCGAUCCUUCCUCUGUACUUUAGGCUGGACAGUGACAAGUGGUGGUUCAGUCUGUGCAUCAAAAAGACAGAAGACAACGCUAAAAAUUAGGUACUUCAAGAUGUAGAUGAGAGUCAGUAAUGUAUAAAAAACGAACAGUUGUGGUCAGUGACCGAUGGUACUCCAGGAGUUAUAUGGUCGAAGAGAUAAAAAUUAGUGCUGUGCAUUAUGAAUUAAAGUCUGUAUUCAUGGAUUUUACCCGUCGAUUACACAUGAAAUGAACUAUGUAAUGUUAUGUAACCUCUGCUGUAAUUAUCAUUUGUAUAUUCAUGUUCAUUCAUUAAACUUAUUACCGUUUUUA